AUGGGUCGCUGCAAUGACGAACCCGAGUGGGUCACUUCCACGCACACCCACAUCCCCCCUUCCCCAUCCGCCCCCUGUAACAUUCAGUCAGGCCUAUCUUACCCCGAGGCUCAGCGUUUCAGUGACGGGUACUUCCUUUUGAGGAGCCUAAAAAAUCCCACCAUGCGCACUCCCACCCACCGACUGCAUCAUGCGCACUCCCACCCACCGACUGCAUCAUGCGCACUCCCACCCACCGACUGCAUCAUGCGCACUCCCACCCACCGACUGCAUCAUGCGCACUCCCACCCACCGACUGCAUCAUGCGCACUCCCACCCACCGACUGCAUCAUGCGCACUCCCACCCACCGACUGCAUCAUGCGCACUCCCACCCACCGACUGCAUCAUGCGCACUCCCACCCACCGACUGCAUCAUGCGCACUCCCACCCACCGACUGCAUCAUGCGCACUCCCACCCACCGACUGCAUCAUGCGCACUCCCACCCACCGACUGCAUCAUGCGCACUCCCACCCACCGACUGCAUCAUGCACACUCCCACCCACCGACUGCAUCAUGCGCACUCCCACCCACCGACUGCAUCAUGCGCACUCCCACCCACCGACUGCAUCAUGCGCACUCCCACCCACCGACUGCAUCAUGCGCACUCCCACCCACCGACUGCAUCAUGCGCACUCCCACCCACCGACUGCAUCAUGCGCACUCCCACCCACCGACUGCAUCAUGCGCACUCCCACCCACCGACUGCAUCAUGCGCACUCCCACCCACCGACUGCAUCAUGCGCACUCCCACCCACCGACUGCAUCAUGCGCACUCCCACCCACCGACUGCAUCAUGCGCACUCCCACCCACCGACUGCAUCAUGCGCACUCCCACCCACCGACUGCAUCAUGCGCACUCCCACCCACCGACUGCAUCAUGCACACUCCCACCCACCGACUGCAUCAUGCGCACUCCCACCCACCGACUGCAUCAUGCGCACUCCCACCCACCGACUGCAUCAUGCGCACUCCCACCCACCGACUGCAUCAUGCGCACUCCCACCCACCGACUGCAUCAUGCGCACUCCCACCCACCGACUGCAUCAUGCGCACUCCCACCCACCGACUGCAUCAUGCGCACUCCCACCCACCGACUGCAUCAUGCGCACUCCCACCCACCGACUGCAUCAUGCGCACUCCCACCCACCGACUGCAUCAUGCGCACUCGAACCCACCGACUGCAUCAUGCGCACUCCCACCCACCGACUGCAUCAUGCGCACUCCCACCCACCGACUGCAUCAUGCGCACUCCCACCCACCGACUGCAUCAUGCGCACUCCCACCCACCGACUGCAUCAUGCGCACUCCCACCCACCGACUGCGUCAUGCGCACUCCCACCCACCGACUGCAUCAUGCGCACUCCCACCCACCGACUGCAUCAUGCGCACUCCCACCCACCGACUGCAUCAUGCGCACUCCCACCCACCGACUGCAUCAUGCGCACUCCCACCCACCGACUGCAUCAUGCGCACUCCCACCCACCGACUGCAUCAUGCGCACUCCCACCCACCGACUGCAUCAUGCGCACUCCCACCCACCGACUGCAUCAUGCGCACUCCCACCCACCGACUGCAUCAUGCGCACUCCCACCCACCGACUGCAUCAUGCGCACUCCCACCCACCGACUGCAUCACGCGCACUCCCACCCACCGACUGCAUCAUGCGCACUCCCACCCACCGACUGCAUCACGCGCACUCCCACCCACCGACUGCUUUCCCCUUUCCCCGUUCAGUCUCUCUCCGCCCCAUGAUUCCCCCAACCUCCCCCCAUCCCCCCGCGCAUACCCGUGA